CAGAGUAGUGUGUUAACAAACUAUCUUUGAAGUCUUUCAUUCGCCGAGACGAGUCACCACCGCUCAAGAAAGCAAUGGCGUUUUCAUCACUGCCUAAGGACAUCGCAUGGCAAAUCUUAGCGCGCGUGCCGAAACGACUAUACCCGAUCCUCGCUUGCUUCUCCAAGAACCUACGCUCUCUUGUUCGCUCGCCGGAGAUCCACAGGAUUCGCUCUCUCCUCCGCAAAGACUCGCUCUACAUCAGCUUCAUGCACACUGACAAAACCAACGGCGUCCGCACGCCACAUUGGUUCACUCUCCGCAGGGCUGAGAGUACUAACCCGAGUCAUGAGAAUCAGUUCAUCUCCGUCAACCUCGUGUUUCCUGACCACGAAGAGAUCAUGCCGCCUUCCGUCGUCUCUUACGGUCCAGAUCUUUUCUUUAUCUCCGGAUCACUCAUCCCCUCGUCGGCCUUAUGGAUCUUUGACUCUCGAACCAGCCAGUUUCGACAAGGACAAAGCAUGAACGCGGACCACUUCGUCAAGAGCGUGGGGUUGGUGGGGAGCAAGAUAUACGUGGUGGGAGGCUAUGUGAACGGUGAGAGUCAUCAAGCUGAAUCGUUCGACCUAAAGACGCAAACUUGGGAGACAGCGCCGAGACCUAACCCAGAAAGGUUGUUUCAUGCGACUGCUGACGUGUCGUUAGACAGGAAGGUUUGUGCGUUACUGUCCCUUGGAGCCAUCGUUGUUUGCUACGAUCCUAGUAGAGAUGGUACUUGUACGAGCUUCGUGUUGCCGAAAGAUAAGUGGUGGGAGACGGGCGUGUGUGUGAUCGACAAUGUGCUCUAUGUUUACUACGCUAGGUUCGGGUUGAUGUGGUAUGACACUGAGCUGAAGGUGUGGAGAGUGGUGAACGGUUUGGAUGAUAUGAAGAAGGUUCGGUCUGUUGCAAUGGCGGAGUACUAUGGGAAGUUGGCGUUUUUGUGGAGGGAGUAUGGUGUUGUUGGUGGUGUGAGGAAGGAGAUUUGGUGUAGGAUGAUUGCGUUGGAUAGGAGUGAAGAAGGGAUCAAUGGGAUUGCCGAAUCGGGUCAGCUUAUGGGGAGUGUACCUCGUGGCUAUAAGUUGCAGCAUUGUCUAUCAGUUUUAGAGUAGAGAGGAUAGAUAGACUGAGCUAAUUAUUUUGAAGUUUCGAUACUUUGUUCUCUAUCUUUGUUUUUGUUGCAUCUUUCCAAAGACUAACAGAAGAUUGUUCUGCUUUUGUUAAUGAUGAACAAAGCCUGUGAUUAGUUUACAUCGACCUGAAAUGCGUUACAAUAGAUGGUUUUAUAUGCUUGAAGUUAACUUGUAUGUCAAGUUUCUUUAAAGAUGCUAGUUUCUGAGUUG